CUUUGUUAUCACAUGAUCAUUAAUAAACUCUAAACAGAGAAGUGGCUGAUAAUGGCGAGGAAGAGUGAUAAAACUAGCGAGCUACCAGUACACAAGGUCAUCAUGGUGGGCAGUGGAGGUGUAGGGAAGAGUGCUCUAACACUGCAGUUCAUGUAUGACGAAUUUGUAGAAGACUACGAGCCUACUAAAGCUGAUAGCUACCGCAAGACAGUGGUUCUGGAGGGGACAGAAUGUCAGAUAGAUAUACUAGACACUGCUGGACAAGAAGACUACGCUGUCAUUCGGGAUAAUUACUUCAGAAGUGGCGAGGGAUUUCUCUGCGUCUUCUCAAUUGUUGACCGUGAAUCAUUUACGAAUACAACUGAGUUUAGAGAGCACAUAUUGCGAGUGAAAGUGGACGAUCAGAUUCCUCUUAUUCUGGUGGGCAACAAGGUGGAUCUGGACGGCCGUGAAGUGGGCAAUGAUGAAGCUACUGGAUUGGCCAGUUCAUGGGGCGCUCCAUACAUCGAGACCUCUGCUAAGACCAAGUUGAACGUGGAUAAAGUAUAUUAUGAUCUCCUGAAGCAGAUUCAAGCUCGAAAGCAAGCGCAAGGCCAAACUACUAGCACCUCUACCAAAAAACCAAAGAAAAAGAAAACGUGUGUAAUAUUCUAGUUGACUCAUAACAAUAGGAACUUGUGUAAUGACAUUCAGUAGAUGUUUGUGAUUGGAUUGAUGCCUCAGUUUGUCUGACAUUCAGUAGAUGUUUGUGAUUGGAUUGAUGCCUCAGUUUGUCUUUUUAAUGUCAUCUUAUAUAAUUAUCGUUGUAUUAAUUACUA